AUGAGCGACUUUGAGUUGUUCAAAAUUUCACGAAAUUUUUUACUCGAAAUAUUUGCCACCGAUUUAUUUGAUGUCAUUUCCGGCUAUUUAUUGACUUACCAGGUAACUAACUUACUUUUUUAUCCGAGUUGAAAAAAACUUAUUGACAAGUGAGUCAGAAAAAUUUUGCAAACAAUUUCAAACAUGGAUUUAAAAAAUCUAGAACUACAAAAUAUUUUUGUUUCUUUUUGAUAAGUUUUGAUUUGUUUUCUCUAACCGUUUCUAAAUUCAAAAUGAUAUUUCUUAAGAUGUGCCAGCCACUUGAACAUAUGUAUACAGUACAUUCCGUUUAGUGUCUGUGUGUGUGUGUAUUUGUAUCUUUUCUUUCUCGAUUUUUGCCAAGAUUUAUCUUUUUUGUGUUGUGAUAUGUUACAUAUAACUCCAAAUAUGUUUCAUGUGUUUUUAUCACACGGGUAAAAAGAGCAGACGGUUUCUUACAGCGUCGAUAAAACUUUAAGAAUUGGAAAAUUCUAGAAUUUUUCUGAAACAACAUAAGUUUCUGAAAAUAUUUGUUUUUUAUUGGAUUUCGGUUGCAUUUUUACCCGUGUGCAUAAUUUGUUUCAGAUAAGUUUUAUGGUGUGUGUUUGUUGUCGUUCGUGUUGUCUUUGUAAAUGUCGUCAUCGUCCUGUAACAUCGUCCGCUGAAGAAGAUCAAAAUGACUUUUACACUCUUCAUGGCACCACAAUCCACACACCAAAACCCGUAUACGGUAGCGGUAAACGAAAAGUGUCUCGAUUAGAAAAAGGUGGUAGUGGAAGUGGAAGUCGAUCUUCUUCAGCUCCAGUCCCGUCACUUGUUUCGUCUUCACGUCUUUCGUCAAUGUGGGAAACUUCGUUGAAUAUUGAAUCAGAUGUUGAACCAUUAACAACACCGCCUUUGGUGUCGCCAACACCACUUGAUUAUAUUGAUAAGGAUGGAAAUAAUCCAACAUGUUGCAGAGAUCGAGACGGACGACUCAAAUCGCGCAAACCUGGAUUUCGACCACUCAAAGGAACAUCACCCAGGUUAGCAACAUUUUUGAGGGCUUUUAAUGGGAUACAAGGUUUCUCGCCAGAUCCAAUGGUUGCGGCUCACUUUUAGCAAUGGUCAAUUUUUUUUAUAAAUGACCGACUAAAAGUCCUGGAAAUCUGACCCAAAUAAUUGGAUAUGGCCAACUAUAUUCUUAUUUUUCAGUAACAAGAAAAAAUCCAAAAUGGAUAAACGCCAAACAAAUGGAGGUGGAUUCUUCCAAAGAUGGUUUGGCAGUGGUGGUGGACAAGAUCUAUCAAAUAACAACAAUAAUGUAGAAGUGAUCGAUGCGCGAAGUAGUUCUGGCGAACGAAACUUGAAAAAAACCGCAAAACAACGCGAACAAGAACUAUUACAACGACAAGAAAGAAGUCGACCAGGUUCAAGAACUCAUUCACACGAUGAAUAUCGACGACAACCAAAUUUGUUAAUUCAUACAAAUCAAUUAGAAGAGGAUGAUUAUGCAACUAUUGAUCGAACAAGAACAACUAGAAUUAGUGGCAGAGAAAGUAGGUUGAUUUGAAAAUAAUUUUUAUACAAAAAAUAUGUUGCUUUUAGUGUCAAUGCCAGCUGCUCCAUCUCCUCGAAACGUCCAUUUCAUUGAUGAAAAUCAACAACAAAGAAUCCAACAAUCCGGUCCCUUAUCUCGAAAUAUGAAUGAAUCAGCUUUUGGUGAUCGCGCUCAUUUACAAUAUCGUCCAAGAGCAAGUCAAUCAAAAGGUCCAGUAACACGUGGUGCUCCAAAUACAUCAGUUAAUAAACUCGAUGAAGCAACACUUGAUCUUCUUCGAUUAUCAACUGAACCAAGUCCAGCUCCAACUAGAAAAGCACUUCCAAAAUCAGCAUCGUUGAGUUCAAUGCAAAAAGGUCAACAGAUAAAAGCAGCCGAUGGAGGACAUUUGAAAUUGGCAAAUGUUUUUACUUGGGAUCAAAAUAGUGUUGAUACAACAACUGAUGAUGAAAAAAAUGUGAUAAGAGGAGAUCGAUCGAGAGGUCUUUCACCUCAAGCACAAUUCAGAAAUGAAAAAGGUUUGCUUUUUUUUUUGAAAAACUAGAUGACAUAAUUUAAUUUUUUCACAUUUCAGAAGUCAUCAUUCGACCAACCACAACACGAACUGAAACUGAAAUUGAAUAUGAAGAACAUCGACAACUUCCACCUGUGGUAAAUUAUUGAUUCCAAAUUCCAAAUUAAAACAUCUAUGAAAAUUUAGGUACGAACUACUGUAGAAGGAAAGUUGAAGAUGGAAAAAAUUGUGGGAGCUGAUUUGAUUACUGUAGAUAGUUGUAUCUCAAGUGCUUGGACAGUUCGAGAUGUUGUGACCAAUUAUAAAAUCAAAUCAACAAUUGGGAAGAAAAGUCUGAUUUUGGAAGAACUUAAAGAUGGACAAUCCAAAUAUAAGGUUCGUUUUCUUAUUAUUUAUUGGAAGAUAACACCGAAAAAUAUGGAUAUUUUCUAGAUUACUUUGAUUGAAAAUGGAGAAACAAAAAUGGAAAGAGAAGCUAAUUUGGAUGUUCCUGAUUUUGUAAACAAAAAAGAAUAUCUCGCUGAAGUUAGUAAGAAAUUAUUGAGUGAUCUUCGAGAAGAUUCUGAUUCGGUUUCUGCUUUGACACACAUCGAAGUUGAGAUUGUUGAAGAUGUCACAAAUAUUCUAAAAACUUAUGUGAUUGGAGAACGAGCUGAUGAUUUAUUAGCUGAUGAACAAUUGAGAUUACAUUAUGAGCAAACUGUUGAUAAAACACCGCCUCCAAUUGAAGUGAAAAAAGUUGAAAAGAUUUAUGUUGAUGAAUUGCAAAAAGAUGAAAAUGAAGAUCUUGAAAAAGCUGAUAUUCAUUUGAUUCGAGAUGGAAAACAUUUUGAAGGAGAAGGACAAUUGAGAAGAUUAAGAAGAUUUGAAACUGAAGAAAGUAUUGAGCCAAGAUGUGCUCAUGCAUUUGCUGAUUGUGAUGUUGCAAAACGGGAAGAUACUUCGAAUUUCACUGUAAAAAUUGCUGUUCCACUUGUUGAAACUAUUCAAUUCUUAUUGAAAAAAUCAAAACAAUUGAAGAAAGCUGAAUAUGAAAUGCAACGAGAUGGACAAAGGUUUGUUAUUGGGUUACUGUAAUGUGUACUCAAAACUUUAUAUUUAGAUUCGAGGAAGAAACAACACUUCGACGUGUAAGAAGAUAUGAAACUGAAGAAGGAGAAGAUGAAAAAGUUCAAAAUGCUAAACAAGUUAUUGUACAGGAAUCAAAAACUGAAAUCGUAUCCUCUUCUUCUGUUAAAAAAUCUGAAACUGAAGCACAAGGUGGACAAUAUGAAAUGCAACAAGAUGGUCAACAUCUUCAAGGAGAAAUUAAAUUCCGAAGUUCUGGAAGAACACAUCUUGAUUCAGCAUCUUCUGAAGAACAUAUUAAAUAUACAGAAAGAGAAGCUGAAGGUGGAGAAUAUGCAUAUCAACAAGAAGGUUUACAUCUCAAAGGUGAAAUUAAAUUUGGAAGUGGAAAAAGAACACAAUAUGAAUCGGAAUCUGAAGAAUCUUGGAAUGGUGGAUCACCAACAUUGGUUGAUUUGGUCAAAGAAGAAUCAUCAUCAUUAUUUGAGGCAACAUUUGAAACUGCAAAUAAUUAUGGAAGCCCGAUUACUGUUGAAAUUAAACGACCAAAAUUGAAGAAAGAAAAUACAACAAUUGGUUGCACAAUUUCAAAUAGUAAAUCAACAAAAGAAGAUGUUUCAACAACAAGAAAAUCAAUUUCGACUGUCAAAGAACAAUUCAAAGUUCGUGAACAAGGAGAAGAAAAUGCAUUGAUGAUGUGUGGAUUCGAAAAAAACACAUCAGAUUCAUUUGCUGUUGAAGGAUCUUCAAAAACAUCGAAUAAAACAGCAACUUAUGGAAGAUUCAAAGAAACAAGUGAACAAAAUGCAUCAAAUAUGGUUUAUUUGCAAAAACAAGAUAGUGUUGGAAGCAAUCUGAGUGAAGCUUCAAUGAAAAUUAAGGUAACUUUCUAUUUUUAUUUUUUAAAAUCUUAUUUUCAAGUUCAAAAAUUUUAUAAAUUUAGGACACUCAUCGACAAUUCUCACAAGCCAAAUUUGCGGAAUUCAAACAAACAACUGAAAACUGCGCAGUUAUGCUCAAAAAUACUGGAACUAUCAAUGAUAAAACAUCUGCUAUAUUAGCUGACGUAGUAACAGGUUAGUUCAUUUUUGCAAUUUUGUAAGCACGCACGCAUGAAAAAUCCCUGCACCGAGAGCAGCACGCGUGACCUCUUUAUCACUUUCACAAAAAAAUAUCCACACAUUCCUCUACCAACCGAAACCUCACCUAAAGAUCUUCGAAUUCGUCGAAAAGAUGCCAAGGGUGAUAUUACGGUAUUUGUGAUGUUCAAAAAGAUAUUUGGCAAUUAUUCACACGCUUCACUUCGACUUGGAUUUACUGCAACAAAUUCAAUGAUUCAAAAGAAAACUGAAGAACAAAGAAGUCUUUUGGAAUAUCAACAUCAGAAAAGAGAAGAAUAUUACCAUCAACAAGGUUAGUUUUUUUUAAAAAUAUUUUAUUUUCAAAAAAAAGUUGUGAGUGUAUGAGACGGCUUCUGUGUGUUUCCUAUCUUUCAAACUUCUACAAAUAUCUGUCUAUUCUGCUUUUUUCAUUCCAGAAUCCAACAAUCAAUCAUAUUACAUUGAGCUAGGAGAUGAGAUGGAAAUUGUCUGUCAGCUUAGUAGUUUUAGUAGUUCCAGUUCUAAAUCUAGUCAUUUUCAAUUUGAAAAUUCUAGUUGUAGUAAUAAUAGUAAAAUGACUAAUGAAAUUUGUCUAGUUUAUUAACAUUCAUAGGAAUAAUAAGACUGUUUCUUUCUAGAUCUCAUCUAACAGUCUUUUAUUAACCAAAAAAGCUUAUGUUCCCUAAGUUGGCUUAGAUUAGCGCUUUGGUUGAAUAGGUUUCUCUAAACCCAUUUUUCUCGAAACCUGAAAUAUAAAUAAAUAAAUAUAUUUGAAAAUAAAUACAUUUAUUUUUUUCUGAUUUAAUUAAUAUUAAUUGAUUUAUUUUGAGAUAUGGCAAUGGUCCAUUUAGAUAAGCAAGAGCCACAAGAGGCGUCAGAGUCUAAAUUAACUGUCGAAGUAGCAGUGAAACGAAAAGAAAAACAUGCAAAUCAAUUGAUUGUGGUGAUGGAAGAGAAUUGGGAAACAUGUGAAUCACCGGCUAAUUUACGACAAAUUUCUCGAAAAAAUACUGCAAACUUAUCACAACAUAUUAGAAACAAUCUUGAUAAUCAAACAUAUAAUUAUUCAAUUGUUAGAAGAUCUUUAUCAAAAGAAUCUGUUGGAAUUUCACAUUCUACAAAAGGAUUUUUGGAAAGAACUGCAAGUCUUGAAGGACGUUUUUCAAUGCCAGAUACUUGGGCAAGUAUUCAGAUGAAUAGAAGAGCAUCUUCGAUUGAUAGAGCACAAAUGACAGUACAAAAUAGUCAAGAAGAAAUUUGUACUGGAUUCUGGGAAACUUCGAAAAAUGAAUCAACUCGAAGAACUUUGUUACAAAAAGCAAAAUCAUUAGAAACGAUGAGUUUCCAAACAAGAGCUAUCCAGAAUCUAACAUCUCAACAAAAUUCACAAUUUGAAUGUCAAUCUGCUGAAUUAUCUACUGAAAAAUAUAUAAAUGAACAGCGUCGAGAAAUUGUACGGGAAACUCUUCAAAUAACACAAAAAAGUUUCGAGAAAAUAAUGAAUCUUGCUGAAAAUGUAUCAAUGGAUGUUGCACAAAAACAUAGAUUGGAAUAUAAUUUAUCAGCUCUUGGUAUGAAUAUUCCUAUGGGAAGAAUUAUUGCUCCAAUGGAACAGGAAGAAGAUGCUGAUUAUACAAUCAGUUUAUCUUUGAAAGAAAGUGCGAAACUCAGACAAACUAUUCAACAAGUUUCAAUUGAUUCCAAAUUAAGUGCAACUGAAGCAUCAGCUUUUGAAAGUUUGAUUAUGACUGCUGUGUCGAAAUGUGAUUUCUAUGCAAUCACACCUUCAAAUGUUCAAAGUAUCACUCAAAUUGUUUAUGAUGUUCAAGAAGAAAAAAUGAAUAUUUCGAGUGUGAUGAAAGAAAAGAACAGAAGUAAUAGUCAAUUAAAUCUUCGAGCUGCAUCUGAAGAAUGUAUUUCUGGAUUUUGGAGUUCAACAAAAGAUUGUGAAAAAGUUAUCAAAACACUUAAAGAACAACGAAAUAUUGCUCCUCAAGAACAUAUUGCGAUCCAAACUAUUGAACAGAACUUCUCAAGAACUUCGGAAAAUUUCGAGACUCCAACGAAGAUUGCGAUUCGCCCAAGAGAGAUUCUUUCAAGAGCUUUUGAUAUAUCAGAAGAAAGUUUGAACAAGUUCUUUGAAAUAAGUGAACUUGUUGAUUGGUCACAAGUAUCUCUUCCAAAUCGAGAAUUCCAAGCGAUUUCGUCAAACUUCAAAGUACUUGCUCCAAAUACUUUUUCUUCGACUAUUUUUGGAAAAUUAGUGCCACCAAAAGAGGAAGAACAAUCAACUUCGCUCAAAAUUAAAUAUAUCAAUCGAGCUAAAAGUAUUGCUAACUUGAAACUAACAUAUGAAAAUGUUAUGGAAAAUGUAUCAAAGUUAUCUCAAGAUGAAAAAAUCACUUAUACCAAUUUGAUUGCGUUGCUUGCUUCUGAUAAUUUGACUGUUAUUCCUGGAAUUUCGAGAGAAAUGAUAAGAACUUAUUCCGAGGAAAAUAUUAAGAAAUCGAUUCAAAAUUCUAGAACAGAAACUUCAACAUCCAUUUCAAUUUGUCAACCAAUUGAAGAAUUAAUUCAAGGAUUUUGGAGUUCGGAGAAAAUUGAUGAAAGUGUUUCGGUCAAUAUCAAUGAAACUUUAAAAACACUUCGAUCCGAACAUUCGACAAUUGCCACAAGUGAAUCAAAUAUUCAGCUUUUGGUUAACGACUUAUUCAAAAUCGAAGAAGAUAAAGAAUCCAAAUUAUUGAAAAUCAUUCCGAAAGAAGUUUCGACAGCUGUUUUCAGAAUUUCAAAUACUUCAAUUGAUAAAUUCUGUUCAAUUUUGGAAAAAUCAGAUUGGUCCAAAAUUGAAGUUGGAAUCAAAGAACAUGCUGAAUUAUCUACAAAUAUUACUUCGAAUUUUUCAAAAUGUUUAAGUGUUCUUGGAAAAUUACAACCACCAAAACAAGAAUCUGAAGAAAUCAGUGAAACUAUGAAAGAAAAUAAUCGAGCAAAAUGCAUGUUGGAUGUUCAAAAACUUAUAUCUCAAACUAUUGAAUCAUCAUCACAUUUCUCGAGUAAUAUUUCGACACAAGAAAAAACUGAAUUCUCAAAUUUGAUUAAACUCAUGGUUUCAACUUCAUUGAAAACAAUCGAAAAAUCUGAAACAACUACAAUUAUCAGUGUUGGAUAUCAACAUCAAAAUGAAGUAUUUGCAAUUUCGAGAAACCUGAUCGGUAAGAUCAAAGAUAUUGUAUCAAAAUCUAUAAAUCAGCCGAUUGAAGAAAUAGUUCAAGGAUUCUGGAAUUCUGAAAGUGUCGAUGAAUCUACAAUUAUUCGAUUAAGAGACAGUUUAAAAAGUUUGAAAGUCAAUCUCAUCGCAAAAGCUAUUUCAAAUAUAGAAAUCGAUUCAAUGACCCAAGAAAUUUUCAAAAUUCAACAAGAGAAAGAUUCAAAGAUUUUGAAAAUACAACCAAAAGAAAAAGCGAUUGGAUUGUUCAAAAUUGAAAAUACUUCUAUUGAGAAAUUCUGUAAUAUAUUGGAGAAAAGUGAUUGGUCGAAUAUUGAACUGAACACUAAACAACAUCAAACAAUAUCCUCAAAUAUUUCAUCAAACUUCUCCAAAUGUUCAAGUGUUCUUGGAAAACUUCGGCCACCAAAACAGCAAAUUGAAGAAGUUACAAGAAUUGUGGAAGAAAAUAAUUUGGCAAAAUGCAUGUUGGAUGUGCAAAAAAUGAUUGAAAAAACAAUUGAAUCAAAUGUUUCGUUGAAUGUUUCCGAAAAUGAGCACAGUGAAAUUUCCAAUCUGGCCAAAUUGAUGGUUUCAACAUAUUUUGAUGCUGUACCAAUUUCUGAUAAAGCUACAGUAAUAAAUGUUGCCUAUAAUAAACCACAUGACUUUUUGUCAACAACAUCUGUUAGCAAAUCUGUUGAAUCAAUUUCUGAAUUCAAAACGAUUCAACCAUCUUUGGAAGAAAUUGUUCAAGGAUUUUGGAAUUCUGAAGACAUCAAUGAAAUUGCAAAUGUAACAUUGAUUGAUCACUUGAAAUCAUUGAAAUCCGAAUAUUCAACAAAAGCCUCGAUUGAAAAUAAUGUAUCCUAUUUGGCGAAUGAAAUAUUCAAAAUUCAAGAAGAAAAAGAGUCCAAACUUUUGAAAGUUAUUCCAAAGGAAAUUGCUUCAGCUGUUUUCAAAAUUUCAAAUACUUCAAUUGACAAAUUUUGUUCAAUUUUGGAAAAAUCAGAUUGGUCAAAAAUUGAACUUGGAAUCAAAGAACAUGCUGAAUUAUCUACUAACAUUGCUUCAAAUUUCUCAAAAUGUUCAAGUAUUCUUGGAAAAUUACAACCACCAAAACAAGAAUCUGAAGAAAUCAGUGAAACUUUGAAGGAAAAUAACCAUGCAAAAUGUCUCAUGACAAUUCAACAAAUCAUUUCAACAACUAUCGAUUCAAAAUUCACUCAAAAUAUAACUUCACAAGAAAGAACUGAAUUUUCAAAUUUAGCAAAGUUGUUAAUCUCAACUUCAUUGAAUACAGUUCAAGUUUCUGAUGAAUCAACUGUUAUUUGUGUUGGAUACAAUAAUCCAAGUUCUUAUUUAUCAACAUCAGCCUUGAAAAACUCAAAAAAUAUAUUCUCAACUUCAACAAGAAUUCAACAACCAUUCGAAGAUAUUAUUCAGGGAUUUUGGAAUUCUGAAUGUGUUGAUGAAACAGUUACUUUUGAUUUAAUCGACAAAUUAAAAACACUUCAAGCUGAAUUAUCUGUAAAAUGUUCUUCUGAAAUUAAUAUCGAUUAUUUGGCGAAUGAAAUAUUCAAAAUUGAGCAAGAUCAAAUCACCAAAUUCUUCAAGAUUAUGCCGAAAGAAGUUGCAUCUGCAUUUUUCCGAAUUUCCAAUAGUUCGAUUGAGAAAUUCUGUUCAAUUAUGGAAAAAUCGGAUUGGGCUAAAAUUGAACUUGGAGAUAAAGAACAUGCAAAAGUAUUGGAGAAUAUUUCAUCAACAUUCUCCAAAUGUUCGAGUGUUCUAGGAAAACUCCGACCGCCCAAACAUGAAUCAGCAAAUGUUACCGAAGUUAUUCGAGAGGAUAAUCGAGCUAAAUGUUUAUUUAAAGUUCAGCAAAUGGUUACGGAAACAAUUGAGUCUAAUUUCAAAAAUCAAGUUUCAAACCAAGAAAAAGCUGAAUAUUUAAAUUUGGUCAAGCUAAUAAUCUCAACUUCAUUGAAAUGUGUCGAAUCUUCUGAUGUGUCGAGUAUUAUUAGUGUUGGUUUGAAUAAUCCAAUCGAAACAAUGUUAGUAUCGAAAACAUCCAAAGAAAUUAUAACGGAUUCAAUUUCAACAAAAGUUCAACAUUUGGUCGAAGAAAUUGUUCAAGGAUUCUGGAAUUCAGAGAAUAUUGAAGAAUCUGUCAGUAUUAAUUUGAAAGAACAUUUGGCAGCUUUGAAAGUUGAACUUCUGACAAAAUCAGCUGGUGAUGUUACAAUUGAUUAUUUAGCUCAAGAAAUUUUCAAAAUUCAAGAAGAUGAAGAUUCCAAAUUAUUGAAAAUCAUUCCGAAAGAAGUUUCCACAGCUGUUUUCAAAAUCUCAAAUACUUCAAUUGAUAAAUUCUGUUCAAUUUUGGAAAAAUCAGAUUGGUCAAAAAUUGAACUUGGAAUCAAAGAACAUGCUGAAUUAUCUACAAAUAUUGCUUCAAAUUUUUCAAAAUGUUCCAGUGUUCUUGGAAAAUUACAAGCACCAAAACAAGAAUCUGAAGAAAUCAGUGAAACUUUGAAAGAAAAUAAUCGAGCAAAAUGUAUGUUGGAUGUUCAAAAAAUUAUAUCUCAAACUAUUGAAUCAUCAUCACAUUUCUCGAGUAAUAUUUCGACACAAGAAAAAACUGAAUUCUCAAAUUUGAUCAAACUCAUGGUUUCAACUUCAUUGAAAACAAUCGAAACAUCAGAAAAUUCAACAAUUGUUAGUGUUGGAUAUGAGCAUCAAAAUGAAUCGCUGGAAGCAUCGAAAAAUGAAAUCAUAAAUGUCAAGGAUGCAAUCUCAACAGUUCUUCGAAAUGAAGUGGUUGAAGGUUUUUGGAAUACAUCAAAUUCUGAUGAGAGAACAGCAAUUCGAUUGAAUGAAAAAUUAGAAACUAUUCGAUCCACUUUGUCAACUUAUGCAUCACUUUUAAUUGAUCAAUCCAUCACCACAAAUAUUUCAAAAGAACAUAAUACCGAAAUGGCAACAAAAACAGUUUUGAUGAAAUCAACUGAUCAUUCGGAAUUAUUCAUAAAGAAACUCGAAACAAAAUUAUCAGAAAUGAUCAGAACUUCAAAUAUGGAAAAUAUUAAUAAUUUGAUCAGCGAAACUUAUCGAAUGAGCCAAGUUUUAUCAAGUUUAACAGUUAAUAAAAUGGUUAAACAAGAACUUCGAAGUAUCGUAUCAAAUAGUUUCGGAAUUUCUUGUGAAUCAAUUGAUAAAAUGUUUGAGAUUAUUCGAAAAAUGGAAUGGACUGUGAUCACAAUGCCCGAAGCUCAAAAAUCUCAAAUGAUUAAAAAUUUGAAUUCGCUUGGUUUAGAAGAUGUUGAAAAUAAUAUUGGAUUAAUUCGACCGGAAUAUGAAAUGUUUUCUGAUGCAAAUAUAAGAAAAGCAAGAGAAGAUCAAAUUGUUAUGGAUAUUCAAUCAUUAGUUUUCACAACUUGUUCUGAAAAUGAAGAAUUCAGUAGAAUUGAUCAAAAUGAACAAACAAAUUAUUCGACAUUGAUUGCAACAUUAUCGAUUUGUGAUUUGACAACAAUGGCAGUAACAAAUAUUGAAGAAACAAUCAAAUAUGAUUAUGCCAGAAGACCAGCUCCAAAAGAAACACAAAUUGUAUUUAAUGAUAUGACAAUUAAUCAAAAUUCUAUACUUUUGAAAGAUUCAAAUAGUUUUAUGAGUGGAAGUUUUGGAGAAUUACGAGCUCCUUUGGAAGAAGAAGAAGAUGUUGAAAAAAUAUUCAGAGAAAGAAGAAUGUAUCGAUCAACAAGUCAAAUUAGAGCAAUAUCUCAAGAAAAUAUUGAUCAAAUUAAUUCAUUGACAAGAACAAGAUCAUCAUCUGAAACAAGAAAAAUAUUCAAUGAAUCAAUUUUGGAAACUGCAAGUUUAUCGCAAAAACUUUCGAAUACUUUGAUGGAAGCCAAAAUUGCAAAUCCUCAUCGCUCAGAUUCGGUUGAAAGUAUUCACAGAAUUAAAAAUAAAGAAAUUCAAGAAUCUGGAAAAAUUCAAGAAACAUCUGAAACAAGUUUUGUUGGUGAAUGGACUACAAAACCACCAGUUCCACCAAGAAAGAAAGAUCUUAUUUUACCUGUGACUGUGACUGAGAAAAAUACAAUUGAUGUUAAAGCAUCUGGAAAUCAGAAUAUCGAAUUGUCAACUGAACAAAAAAGAGAUCAAAUUUCAGAUGAAACAACAACAACAAGAUUGAUCAAAGCAAAAAGUAUUGAAGAAAUUGAAAGAGAAUUUGGUGUUGAAAUUGUUUCUGCUGAACAAAAUAUUUUGAAAAAGGAACAAAUUGAAACUUGGAUUGAAAGUUUGCCAGAAACUGCAGAAAAAACAACUCGAACAUUCAAAGAAGUUCAAACUAAUUCAUCUGGCGCAAUUGGAUUUUUAAAUGCUCCAGAAGAUCAAGAUUUUGAAUCGGAAAGAAUAUUCAAUUUAGUUCGUCAAGAGAAAACUUCAACAAAUUUCAAGAUUUCAGAAAUUUCUGGAAAAGAUCAGUUGAGUAAAGCUGAAGAAGAUCAAAGUGCCCGGAAAACUCUUUCCAUCUCUCCGAAUCCACAAUCAUUUAGUAAAAUCUCUGAAAGUGUUGUGUGUGACAAGACUGAAAAUAAAACAGUUACAGAAAAUUAUAUUAUUCAAGAAUCGACUGAUGAUGCCACUUAUAUUGCAUCCGAUUUUGAAGAAUCUGAAAUAUCGACAACAUUUGGAGUUGGAAAAUUGAUUGGAAAAAAAGAGCAAAGUGAAGAAGUUGAUUAUAGUGUUUCUGAAGCAAGAAAUCUUCGAGAUACAAUUCUUCAUUCCGAAACAUCGAUGGAUACGGAUAUUAGAAAAUUACCAGAAUGUGAUCAAAGUUCGAGAUUUGUUCAAGAAAAAUUCACAGAAACUAUUCAAAGAGAAUACAAAGAUAGUGAAAUAAAACAAAAUAUUAUCGAACAUCGUCAAACAUUGGAUCAUCUGGAGAACUCUAUAAUAAAGAAAGAUGCUAUUUUGGAAAAAGAAUCGAAAAAUCUCAAUCAAAUUCAAUACGAAAACAGUGCUUCAGAAUAUCAAACUGAUAUUGUUGAUCUUGAACAGAAAACUACAAUUCCAUUGGUUAGAAGUGAAUCAGCUUGUGCAGUUCUUCGAGCAACUGAAGAAAAUCGAACAAAUCGAGAAAUUAGUAUUGAUAGAGGAGAAAUCAAUCGAAUGACAUCUUUGAAACAAAAUAUUGUAUCAAGAGAAUCAGAAGAAAGAAAGUUUGAGAUUCAAAUGACAAAAUCGGAAAAGAUUUUGACAAAAGAGGAUAGUCGAGAAGAAUCGGAAUAUGUUGCAGCAAUGUCACUGAAAAAUGAAGUAAAGUCAUCAAAACUUCGUGAAUACGGAAAUGAAAAUGUUGAAGUUUGCACACUUUUUGGAAAAAUUGUUCAGAAGAAAUUCGAAGUUGAAGAAACUGAAAAAAGAUUGGCAAUUGCUAGAAUUUGGUUUGAAAAAUUAUUCUGCAAAGCUGUUUGCUAUAAUAUUUUGGAUAUAGAAUCAAAAUGUGCGAAAUCAGAAGAGAAAUUUGAAGUUGUCAAAAAAUGGAAAACAUCGAAUGACGAAAUGACAAAAACCCAAAUUCACUCAACAAUCGAAGAAAAUACAUCGAUCACAAAUUGUGUUGAAUCGAAAAAUCAACGAGAAGAUUGUGCAAGUAUUCGAAUUCGAGAGAAAUCAAUAGAAAGAGUUCAUCAAAAAUACAAAGAAAAUCAAUGGAAUUUGUUAUCAACAAAUGCUGAAUGGGAUUCACUUUUGAAUGAUUUAGAAGAAUCUGUUACAAUUGCUCAAAGUAUUCAAGAUAGUAUGGUAUUUUCUACAAAAGCUGCAUCAAAUAUCACACUUUCAAAAGAAUCACAAGUUUCGAAUGAUUUCCAACAAUCGCAAGUUCAAAAGUCCUUCUCGCUUAAAUCUGUGAUGUCAGAAUCGCGUGAUUUUUCAACAUCGGAAAUUAAAAACGAAUUGAGUGUCAACAAUAAAAAUCUUCAAUUGGAAGAAAUUGAAAGAUUGGUCGAUGAAGUUCAUCACGAACAACUUGUUAGUGGAAUUCUUCGAGAAUAUGGAAAUGUUGAAGCUGGAGGUGGAAUAUAUUUGGUUCGUAGAUCAUUGCCAAAAGUUCGAGAAUCUUCAACUCAUACAAUCACAUUGAAAACAUCAUUCCAACAAAUUUUCACAACAGCAAGUGCAGGAGAUACAACAAGUGAAGCAAAUGUAACAUUGACAAUUCCACAAGCUGUCAGUUCAACUGAAAUAAGUUCGAAAUUGGCAAGAAGUGAUUCAACAAGUUUGGCAACUUUGCAUGCAACUGAAAAAACAUCGACAACAAUGGUUGAUUAUGCAAAAGAAAUUGCAAGAAAUGAAAGUGUUGCAGCUAGAAGAAAAGAUAUUAUUGUUGAAAGAUCAGUUGAAAAUAUUAAAGAAAUUGGAAGUGAUGGAAUUGAAAUACUUUCGCAUUGGGAAGGUGUUGAAAGAGAUCUUGAUGCUUACACAAAUCUUCCAAAUAUUCUAAAAAUUCGAUCAUCUCUUCAAACAAUUGAAUCAACUGAACAAGUCGAAAGAAUUAAUCAUUUUAUUGAAAUGCCACAAGAAACAUUGUAUGUUGUUUAUUCUCACAAACCAAAAUCACCAAUUGAAUAUUUAUCCAAAACAUUUGCCAUCGCAAAUACCUUGUUGAAUAUUGCUCUAGAAUCUAAGUUGAGAUCCACAAAUCAAAUCAUUAAGAAAAUUGUGAUUGACAAAAAUAGGCAAUCAGGUGUUUGGAGUGUUCGAGAGAGUAGAAAUGUUCGAUUCAAUGCUGUUAUCAAUUUACAUCGAUACAGUCUCACAAAACCAUCUCUAGCAAAUGAAACAAUUCUUGAUGAAGUUGUUCGAAUUUCAGCAAAACCAUUAUAUAUUCAUGCGGGAGAUGUGCAAUCUGAUUGUAUUUGGACAACAAAUUCAUUAUCAAGGCAAUCGAUUCAAGAAACUAUCCAAAAACUCAUUGUUUGCAAAAAUCGAGGAGAAAAUAUUCGAAAGAAAUUGGAAGAAUGUGGAAAUGAAAAAAUAAAAUUGGCGAUUGAUUUGAUUGGAAGAUCGGGAAUAUUGAAUUUGUCAUCGGAGAUUGAAUGGAAAAUUCCAAGAUUCGCACCAAAAGUCACUUUUGAUAUUGAAGAAUAUGAAUUUGAUGAAUGCUUGUUUUAUGGACAAAUUAAUUGUAGACAGAUACAUUUCGGAGAUAAGAAUAUUGUUCUGAAAAUCAAGCGAGAAACAAAAGAAGAAUUGAAAACAAAAGCAAGCACUGAAGAAAUUGAAAAUAUCAACAAAGAAUGGAUUAUUCCCGAACAAAUUGAAAAAUCAGAAAAGUUGAUAACUAUUGGAAAUAUUGAUAAAAUGGUAUUCAAAGUCAAAGAAACAACGGAACAAUUUAUUGGAGUUGGAAUUGCUUAUGAAAUUCCAAAUGAUUCUCAAACUUCGAAUAUAAAAUUGAAAGAGAAGAAUCGUGGUGGAAAAUAUGAAUUGAAUACAAAAGCAGCGAGUGAUAUUACAAGAAAUGUCACUUCAAUGAUUUCCAAAUCUGCGCAAAUUGAAAAAAUUCGAGAAAAAGUUGUUCAAAAAAUUCUUGCCAAAAUUGAUCUACGAGUUUUUGAAACAACAACUGAAAUUGUGAGCUCGAAUUUCAAUUAUAAUAUUCCGGAACAAAAAUUGGGUGAUUCAACAAUCAGAAAAUGUUCGAACAAUGCACCUCCUUUCACAUAUCGACUUCUGGAAUGUUCUGAAUUCCAAACAACAAUGUUCUACAACCUGAAUAAGAAAGAUGACUUUGAAUCAAAAGAUAAAUUAUUUUAUAUUCCAAAUAUCAUCAAGCCAAAUGUAUUGAACUGCAAUGCUGUGGAAUAUAUUGAAAUCAAUCGAUCUCCAGAAUUCACAAGAAUUCCUGAAUUCUUGGAAAGUAUUCCGAAAACAUUGAUAAGUUGCAAUCGAAUUGAUGGAGCAAAUCUUCGAACUUUGGAAACUGUUGAAAAUAAGAUCUCAUUUGUCACAAUUUUCAAUAGAACAAAUCAAGAAAAUCGUUCAGAAAUAAUUGUGAAGGAUAAGAAUAUUGGAGCCAAUUUGAAAUUCAAGUUCAAAGAGUCAAAUGAAGAAAAAAUCACAAUUUAUAAUUCAUUUGAUAUUGAAAAUGAGAAAGAGAAAAUUGAAAAAACAUUGAAAUUGAAGAGAGAUGGCGGAAAAUAUAAAUUAUCAACAGAUGCGAGUGAAUUGAUUGAAUUAUUUGUUGAACGUGAUCUAUUUAAGCCUCUUAUUUCACAUUUAGAAACAAUGCACCGUGUUAUUCUUUCAAAUAUUGCACCUCACCAAACUUUGAAUACUUAUGCCACUUCUAGUCAAUCUUUAUCUAUUAGCGAACAUCUUUAUCAAACUUCUCAACAGUUAUGCACUUUUAUUGAUAUUGUUUGUGCAAAUGUCGAAAUGCCUGUUAGUUGGCGAGCGAUUGAGUGUGGAGAGUGUGUUGAAAAUGUGCAUCCGAUUUAUCGAAAACCAAACGAUUAUUAUGAUUUAGAUGAAACUUGGUGGAUCGCUAGAAAUGGAGGAUCAUAUUCUAAAAAUAUCAAGGCAGUUGGAGAUGUUUCAGUUACAAUCAAUGAAAAUAUCACAAGUCGUGGAAUCAAAAAUGAUCAAAUUGAGAAAUUGUUUAUUAUUGGAAAUAUUAUUGGACCAGCAACAAUUACAACAAUUGAAACAUCAAAUAUUCAAGCAACAAUAAAUCAAGAAAUGAGUCGACUUGGCGAACGAGAAGUUAUCAAAAAGGUUCUGAAAAAUUCGAACAAAGGUAUUAAUAUUGAGAAAAAAAUGAUUGAGGCAACUGAACUGAGAGAAACAAUCAGUGAACAAUUCAGAAAAUAUGAUGAAUUUGAUGUUUCUUCAAAAAUCAUCCAAGACAUCAGAAAUGGUGGAAAAUUCGAUUUAUCUACAAAGGCAUCUACUCAAAGAUCAACAUCUAUAUCUGAAUCAAUUAUUUGUCCAAGACCAUCAAAUCUUCAAAUUGAGAAAACCUUUAAAACUUAUCAAUCGAUAAUUCCACAAAAUUUGACAACUCGAGCUUCUUCUUUAAUUGAAACCACAUUGAAUGAAAACUACAAUAAACCAAAUUCUCAAUAUUCGAGUUCAAAAACUAUCAUUGAUUCGAAUCGAGAAUCAGAAGAAUUCAGAGUUCGUGAAGCUGGUGAAGAAUAUCAUACAACAAACUGUGUAUAUUCUCGAGAACAAGAAGAAAAUAAGAUCACUCGAAUUAUGAAUGAAGCAAGAAAAGGUGGAAAUCAAGUAUUAUCGACAAAAUAUGCAACCGAUAGACAAUUGGAAGCUGUUCAACAUAUUGAGAAAAUCAGAUUGGCAGCUGCCGAUACACAAAAAUCAUAUAUUAUUGGAAAUGUUGGAAUGUCAAAUUCAUUGAAAACAAAUGCUUGUGGAAAUGUUGAACAUCAAAUUAAUGUGGAGAUAAAUAAGAAACAACAAGUUGAAAAUGUUGAAAUUAUGAAAAAAGGUUCAAAUAUUGGAGAACAUUCAUAUUUCCGAUUUAGAGAAACUUCGACAAGAAAUGAAAAUAUUGCAACUCAAUUAUGGAGAAAAGAUGAAAAAAUUGAGAAAGAUGUUAUUCGUAAAUUUGCGAUUACAGCUGAACCAGUUCAUAUUAAUCUCAAGGCUUCAAAGUCAACUGAUAUUUCGGUAGAUCAUAAUUUGAAAUCAAACAAAGACAAUUAUCUUGAUGCUGUUGUUAUUAUAAUUGAUUCGAAUAGAGAAACAGUUCCAAUUCUUCGUUGUGAUUGUUCAAAGAUUGCUUCAACAUCACUUGAUGUUAAUUUAUCAAGAAAACCAAACAAGGAAUUCAAAGAAAUUAGUCGAGUUGCAUCGAAUCGCGGACAAAAUGUUGAAUUAGUUUUGCGCGAAAGCAGCUCGGUGCAGGAAACAAACAAUGUAUCAUAUCAGCGCGAACAAUCGAAUGAGACAAUUUCAGAAAUUCGAAAAGAUAUCAGAUAUGGUGGUUCAUUUGCUUUGAAGUUAUAUGCAGCAAAAGAAUCAAGUGUUGAUGUUAUGACUAAUUUGGAAAAGAAAUCUGAAAAACAAUUAGAAACUCAGAAAACAUUUAUUAUUCGAAAUGAAGGUUUGCCUGUGGAAUUAUUUGCGAGUGCAUCAUCUGAAGCUGCUUCUGGACUGUCAACUUCACUUUCAAAAUCUGGUCAAAAUGAAAGUGUGAAUGUGAAAAGACAAACAGCGAAUAAAGGAAUUGCAGUUGAUAUUCGAAUUAAAGAAACUAAAGAUGAAAAUGAAACGAAUAAUGUUCAAUUACGAAAAGAGGAACAACAUAAAGACAUCGAAAAGAUUCUUCAAAUUGCAGCAUACGGUGGACAAACUCAAAAAACUAUGAGUUUCGCUGAUGAAAAAUUCAUCGAUGUUAUCGAACAAUUACAAAAAUCAUAUGGAUCAGAAAUUAUUGAAUUCUCUAGAAAAAUUGGAAAUUCAGAGAAAACAAAUCUAUCACUCAAUGCGUCUAAAGAAGAAAGUGUUGCAUUCAAUGAACCAAUUGAUAGCAAAAAAUUGAAAUCUGAAAAUACCGAGAUUCGUUUUGUUGAUAAAGUAACUCAAGAACCAAUUGUUUUCCGAUCAACUGAAGCAUCUGAUAUGUUAGUUGGAAUACAUUAUACACUUCGAAAACCUGAUAGAAAUGAAGAAACUGAAUUAUCAAAAAGUAUUCCAAGAAAUGGUGGAUCAGUUGUUUUCAAUUGUUUUGCUCCAAUGGAAUCAGCUCCAGAUGCAGUAAACGCAUAUCUUCAAGGAAAGCAGAAAGAUGAGAUUUAUGAGAAGAAUUAUCCACUAUCCGAUUUCGAAGCAAUCAAUUUUCAUUCAACAGCUGCUGAAGAAUUUGCGGUUUGGAAUAAAACAACAUUCAGAAAACGAGACAGCGAUGAAACUUGUGACUACAGUAAGCAAAUUUGUGAACAAGGACCAUCAACAAGUUUGUCAGUUAAUUCAGCAAAAGAGGAGAAUAUCACUUUGGAUGCUGAUCUUCAUUUCGGAGUUAUUUUCAAAAAUACAAUUAGCACAAAUAAUGAAGCAAGACAAGGAGAAGGAAUUGGAAUGCAUUCAGGAGCAUCUGAAGAAACUGUAUUCAAUUUGGGAUAUGAUUAUUCGAAACAACCAACUGAAUUUAAUAUGGUUUAUAUAACUGAAGAUCGAUUAUUAAUACAAGGCGCAUUUGGUUUCCGUGCUGCAAAUGAAGAAUCAAUCACUUUAGAUGCAGAUCUUCACUUUGGUGUAACUUAUAAUGAUUUAAGAGCUAUGGGUAUGCAUGCAUCGGCAAACUCUGGAGAAGGUGUUGGCAUGAAAUCAACACGCUCCGAGGAAACCGUUUUCAAUCUAAAAUAUGAUUACUCAAAACAACCAACCGAAUUCCGAACCAUGUUCAUUUCUGAAGAUCAUCAUUUCAUGGCUGGCUCAUUUGGAUUCCGCGCAAUUGGCGAGGAAUACAUUGAGACAUCAGAAUUGAAUUUGGAAAGACGUGUGGUUGAGGUUAUGGUAGAGGGAUGUGUGCACAACCUUGCUCGUAGGCAUGAAGAUGAACCUUUUGUUAUGUAUACAGAGUCGGCAUCUGAGACAAUCAUUCGAGUGGAUGAAAAUAUUGAAAAUCGAUUGACAACUGGUAUUGAAGUUAUGGAAUCAAGUGAAGUUAAGAUGAGAGAAAAAGUUGAUGAGAGACGAAAAGAAGAAAAACGGUAUGAUAUAUAGAAAAACUUCAUGUAAAAUUUUUGAUUUUUUAGUGUCAGUUUUGCCGCCGAAGUUCAAGAAAAAACAAUGGAAUCAAUCGAUCACAGAUUGGGUCUCGACACAUCCAUCGAGGUAUUUUCAGAAAAAGUAGACAAAUUUAAAAUGAGUAAAAAUGAUUAAGGUUGAGCCUGCUUUCCAAAAACCAUCAAUUAUCAAGAAACCAUUGAAAAAAGAACGCGAACGUCGUGGAAGAGAUCUUCGACAAAAUGCUGCACCAGCAUUGUAAGCUUUUUCUAGAUACCAAUUUUUAAAUACAAAUUAUAUUUUCAGCAAACCUGUUCGCCGCAAUUCUCUUUUACAAGCAUUGGCAAUUGGAAGUCCACACAAUAUUCCACACUUCAAAACCUUGGAAGAUAUUGUCAAUGCAAUCAAACAUGUAAGCAUUUUCAGUAUUUUUUAAUUACUGUAUACAUAAUACACAAUAAUAAUACUUUGGUGGUGGUGUGAUAACAGUUUUUUUUUUAGUUUUCAAUAUUUAAUUCAGUUUAACCGUUUUGUUUUAUCUAACCAACUUUUUAGACUUAUAUCGGCAAUUAUGGAGAAAGUGUAAGUUUACGCAUGAUAUAUUUAAUCUUCGGGAAACUACUACUCACUUUUCUAAUUUUUCCAAAAUAUAGAUGAUUUUUUUUCAAUUUUAGGCUGGUUUGGAAUACUCAAAUCUGAUUUUCGGAAUUGAUUAUACAAAAUCGAAUUUUUAUCAAGGAGAAAGAACAUUUGACAAAAGACCAUUGCAUACAAUUGAUCCAAAUGAAAUGAAUCCAUAUCAGCAGGUUAGUCAGAAGUUUUCAAAAAAAAAACGCGUUCGGAGAGUUAUGUAUUCAUAUUAGAUGGCAAGCGUGUAUUUGAAAGCUUGAAAGUCCCCUUAAACGCUUCUGAUGCUCCUUGGAGUGACAAUAUUUGCAACCCUAGCAGCCUCCAAUAUAGAUCACCCCCCCCUCCCCCCACUUUCGUACCCGAUCCCCACCCACAGGUAAGACCAGAACCUCAUCUUCUUCUACCGCCUAAGUGCCCAUUGAUAAACCCACACCUUGCUCACCGCUUUAUUCGCUUUAUUCAGUUUUCUUCAGCAACUCCAUAGAACAGAAAACCACCAUUUAAAUGCUGCAUUUUCUUUCUCGAUUAGAAAAAUAAUUGAGAAACUUAAACAAAAUAUCUCGUGGCAUUCUCUAACACGUCAUUUAGAGCACGUUAUUCAGGGCACGUUCUUUUUGUUUUGAGCAUUUUUAAAUGAGAGUACUUGUAAAGCUUUAUGGUGGGCUAUCAAAACAUGUCAGGUUUUAAAGUUUUCAAAAAAAAAAAAAAUCUAAGUUCACGUGGUCAGUAUUUUUUUCAAUAUAAAAAAUUGCAGGUCAUUCAAAUUGUUGGAAAAACUCUCUCCUCAUUCGAUGCCGAUGGUCAAAUUCCAGCAUAUGGUUUUGGUGAUGAAGAAUUCACAGAUCAAGGAAUUUUCAAUAUUGCUGAAAGAUAUGAUUUAGAUAAAGAUUGUAAUGGAUUCGAAGAAGUUUUGCGAGUUUAUAAUGAAGUUACACCAACAAUCGAAAUGAGUGGACCAACCAAUUUUGUGCCACUUAUUGGUGAGAUUUUAUUGAAGGUAUACUGUAGAAAGCAUGGUUUCUUUUAGAUCGAGCCAUCGAAAUUUGCAAAGAAAAACAUUCGUAUCAUAUCUUGGUUAUUGUUGCUGAUGGUCAAGUGACAAACGAGAAAAUUAACCAGAAAGCUAUUGCAGCAGCAUCACAUUAUCCAUUAAGUAUUAUUAUGUGAGUGAUUUUUCAUUUAAAAAAAAAUGAAGAACACAUUUUCAGGGUUGGUGUUGGUGAUGGACCAUGGAAUAUGAUGGGACGAUUUGAUGAUAAUAUUCCAAAACGAUUAUUCGAUAAUUUCCAUUUUGUUGAUUUCCAUAAGGUUGGAAUUGUUUAGAAAAUUUUUAAAAUUAAAUUUUUCAACAAUUAUUUUUAGGUGAUGUUCAAUGCGCCGAAUGCGGAUGCGUCAUUUGCGCUGAACGCUUUGAUGGAAAUUCCUGAUCAAUACAAGGCGAUCAAAGAGCUCGGACUUCUCAAACACAGUCGACGAGGCUGA